AUGCCUUUCGGUAGACAUGCCUACCGGCAUGCGUUAAAACCACCUGCAACCCCGACGCUCGACCACCUGUGGAUCAGCGAUGACCUACUCGCAGCCACGUUCCGUCGUUUCGCUAACGGCCAGCGGCGCCAUGGGAGCUGUGUCCCCGGACCCCUGGAGGCGCGAAGACGCCUUGCGAAGAGACGGAAUACUGCACUUGCUGGAUUCGGGGGAAACUCCGCUGAGGAUAUCUCGUGUUUGUUUGGUCGAUAUGGACGGGAGCAUAUGAAGUGGACGGACCAUCCGUGGCAGAGGGCUCAGUUUGAGACCCAGGGCUUGGCCGAUCAUUCUUUAGGUCCUGAUACUCCGUUUCCUUUCUCUGAUCAGAAUCCUGUACCUGAGCCCAGCGAUUUCCGUGUUUCCAAUGCUUCGCCGGAGCCCGUCAAAACAUACUACAAAACGAAUGAGCAGCUACUGGAGGUGUUUUUAAGUGGCAGUGAUUGGGGAAUUGAUGAUGCUCGGGAUUUCACUCGUCGAUUGAGGAUUGACCUUCAACGGGAACCACGAUACAGUCGACAGAUAUUCGAACGGUUACUCGCGCGUUCGGACCGGAACCUUACGGAAGCAAUUGCCUUUCUCGAUGAUCCGUUUUUGAACACCCGGGGCUCUGGGAAUUAUGUUGCGGCAGUCGAGAUCUUUCUCCGGGGGCAAGAAAAGGUCGCAAAACGAACCGCCGUCCUGGAUGCGAUCAACCGUGCGCUGGAACUGGGUUUGAUCUCGACUGACGAGAUUUGCAAGAUUAUCACUGCUCUGCCAAAUAUCGUGAUAGCACGGAAAGGGACGUUGGCAUCGGGAAACCAGAAGAAGCUGUUGAAGCACUACCAGGCUAUGUGGAAAGCUAUCGGAUCUUGCAAUAUCCUCGGAUAUCACGAUCUGGACAGAAAGAUUAUCGAUGUUUGGCUUGGAGAGCUCCUCAGUAUUCGCAGCUUUGAAUUUGCUGAAGAAGUCAUUAUCGAAACCCAUGAUGCUGGCUCUCGCAGCCAAUGGCCCUCCCUUCUGGUUCAAACUUGGUUGGAAGCUAUGGGCGAGGCCGAGUUGGAGACUAGCCUGCCCUAUCCUGACAAGAUUUUUACCCAACUGGAUGUGAAUUGUGCUGCGGACUGUCUCAUCCGUGUGACCGAGUCAUUGUUAACCUCUUCAGCAAACAGACUCUCCAGAAAACGUAUGAUUCAACGAUGGAAGGAUUGCCUUUCGAGGAUUACAGCUGUCUGGACUGUCGCAGAGUCGCAGAUCUGGUUCGAUUUCCCUCUUCCAUCGGUUCAAGCACCACAGGAGCAGGCUCCUUUGAACCUUUCAACCCAACGCCAGAUUGUCUUGCGCCUCUGGCUUCUACGCAAUAUCAGCCGAUCUAUGGGGCCAAUGUACAGCAAAGUGGCCCGAACAACAGAUCGACCAAUUUCCUCAUUGCUCAAUCUCUUUGAACUCGUGGCCCAAUCCAAGAACGGAUCCUUGUUCACAGACUUGAUGCGGGAAAUCCAUGCUCUCGACCUCCCAUGCAAUAGCCUUCUGCCGCUAGCUCUCAACACGAAGGGCAAAAACGCCAUCACCAAAACCACCCGCGACACUCUCUGGCGGUUAGAAACCGCUCAGCUUUCCCUAGCUGAAGUAUGGACAAACCCGUCCAUAUACAAGGGAGUCCAAAGACUUUUCCAUGGCACAUUCGAGGACAUGUUCCAGCGCAUGAAUCUGACCAACCCAGCUACGGUGGAUGAAUUCUUGCAUCUUGCCAGAACAGGAAACUCACAGAGCAUCUGGUCUGUCCUGAGAAUAAUGAACAACAACACCGCAUUCAAGCUCUGCCUCAACAAAGCUUGGAUCCCCAUUCCUCACCCCGACGAAAAAGUCCUCGUCCGCUACCACCCGCCUCAAACCGAGUACCCCGAACCCCAUGCUGCAGUUGACCUGAUCAACAAACUGGCAAUCGCUUUCUCCUGCUGCGAAACCCUGUCCCCGUGUCAGGCUUACCACAUGGUUCACUGGCUCUACGAUUUCCUUCGCAGACACAGUGGCCCCGUCGAUCCAAUGCUCUGCCGGGCAUUGUAUCAUGCUGGUGUGACUCGGUAUCGUCGUGAUGGUGGUUACGUUUCAGCUACCCGGUACGAGUAUAUCUUGUGGAUCAUUCGCAAGUUCGAGGGUCCUGAGGUUGCUAAGCAGCUCAGUUCCUUCGGUGCCAUCAGGGAGUCGAUGACGUUUGAUGACGAUUAUGAUUGUUGA